CGGGUCGUGCUGCGCUGCUGCGCGCACGGAGGCGGUGGAGGCCCUGAUCCAGGCACGCGUCCCUGCGUUCGCCGAGCAGGGCCGUGGGGGCGGACGGGCCGUGGUCCGGCAGAGCGGGGCUUCGACACGGUCCGAACAUAUGUCCGCGGGGGUUGGCGCGGCGAGCAAGCCAGUUUGACAUCGUCGUGAUCCCCUCCGCGGCACUCCGCGGUACUCGGUGCGCGGCCGAUGCGUGCCUGAGCGCGCCACCGAGUUGGAGGAGCCCGACCGUCGCGUCGUGGAGGCCAAGGAGGGCGCCAAGGUGCCACCAGCCGCCACCCUGGAGCCCAACGCGGACGCGGACGUCCCGGACGACUUCUGGGCCAUGCACGUCCGGAAACAAGAGGCGCACCGUGCCCUGGAGCUCCUGGAGGACUACUACGCCCAGCUCAAGGACCCGCAGGACAGGCACCUCCGCGUGGCCAUCGAGCGCGUCAUCCGGAUAUUCAAGUCCAGGCUCUUCCAGGCACUGCUGGACAUCCAGGAGUUCUACGAGCUGACGCUGCUGAACGAGAGCAAGACCACCCAGGAGAAGACGGCCGAGACGAUCCGCAUCGCCAACAAGUGGGAGGAGAGCGGCAGUCUCAUCGGGGAGAACAACUACGCCCCGGCCGCGGACCACCAUGCGCGGCGCGCGCUGCCGCCGCACCCGCGCGUGCGCGAGCUGCACGAGCACGGCGGCACCGAGUACCUCAUGCAGUUCCCCGGCGAGAACGUGCGGAGAGGAAACGACGAUGCUGGAUACACCAUAGACUUGGAGGAGUCGGACGGCGUGGGGAACAGUAGACGCCCCCACGGCCCCGGCGAUGAGGUCCCCAUCCCCAUCCCCUCCAGGGAGCGCCCCGCCCCCGCCGCACCGUCCCCGCCCCGGGGCUCCAGGGGCACCUCCAGCUACGACCAGAACGCCAUCUACAUUCCGCUGAGGGGCAGGGGCACGCCCCCGGAGGCGGAGGAGGGCGAGCCGCCGCCCCCGGCCGUGGUCAAGGUGGUGGCCAAGGCGAACGCGGCCAAGGUGGCGGCCGCCGUCAGGCAGUGUAUUAAGUUUUAUAAUUUUAGUUUGUAUAGAUUCAUUGGAGCAGUUACUCUAAAGCCAGUGAAGCUUUGA